AGUUUGUUCUCUAUUUUCAGGUUUUGGAUCUACAUUACAUCAAAGGUUAUCAAUGGAAAACAAUCUAGGAAGCACGACCACUGCUAAGGAGUUUCCCAAGCGCCUUUUCGGACAUGGUAAAGAGCCUGAAGUUGAGAAAAUUAACAACAAAAGGAACGUGGAAAUGUUUGUAUACAUCAUCCCAAGGAUUGUGAAAGACGUGCACGGGAAGGUAUAUGGAAAAGUCCCUCUAUUGACACAAUAUGAGAUAAUAAACGUCAAGGUGCCUAAAUAUCUGAACACUUCUAUGUGUGACUGCGGAGUGUAUGCGUUGAAACACAUUGAGUGUCAUAUGCUUAAUCUAAGCAUGGAUUUGAUAAACGAUGGGAACAUCAAAGAGGCGCGCAUGAAGAUUGUUGUAGACCUUUGGGAGGCUGCUCAUGAUCCUAUCUUAAUUGAGCGAAUGAAGAACUAUAAACCUCCACAUCAAUCGUCGGAUAUCCUUGAAAUUGAUUGAGAUUAAUUAGCAUUAUGGUUUUUUUUUAUCGUGCAAACAGAUUAUGUACUAGUCUUUGUGCUUAUCUGUUUUAUACGUGUUCUACUCAUGUAUAAUUUGAUCCAUUACAAACUUGAUUAUGAACACAACCAUUAGAGACGAACUCAGUAACAAAAAAUGAUCAUAAGU